AUGUCUCACCUCUUCAACAAGGACGCCCUCCAAGGCCGGAUGCUCUUCGCAAUUCCGAAGAAGGGACGACUCUACGACAAGUGUGUCGAGCUCCUUUCAGGCGCAGACAUCCAGUUCCGCAGGCAAAAUCGCCUCGAUGUAGCAUUGGUUCACAACCACCCAAUGGCCCUCGUCUUCCUCCCGGCAGCUGAUAUCCCACGAUUCGUUGGUGAGGGAAAUGUCGACUUGGGAAUCACAGGGCAGGAUAUGGUCGCCGAAGCUGGCGAAGAUGUGAGCCGCUUGGUCGCUGAGGAGCUGGAGCUUGGAUUUGGCAAGUGUAGCCUGCAGGUUCAGGUACCGGAGGCGGAUGCCAGUCUCAAGGAGCCAAAGGAUCUGGUAGGGAGAAAGGUGGCGACCAGCUUUGACAAAUUGGCACAGGAGUAUUUUGCACAGCUGGAUGAGCAGGUCAACGCAGCCAAUGGGGGCAAAGAGCCCAAGAAGACGCAGAUCGAGUACGUGGGAGGGUCAGUCGAGGCGGCAUGCGCCUUGGGCGUGGCCGAUGGCAUCGUGGACCUCGUCGAAUCAGGCGAAACUAUGCGUGCCUGCGGUCUCCACGCAAUUGGGACGCUCCUCGCCUCGCAAGCUGUCCUCAUCCGUCCAGUCACCCCUCACGCCCGCUCCAACCAAUCCUUGAUUCGCCUCAUCACUUCACGUAUCAAAGGAGUCAUCGCAGCAUCGCAGUACGUCCUCUGCCAGUACAAUAUCCACCAAAAUGACCUGCAGGAAGCGAUCAAGGUCACCCCAGGCAGGAGGGCGGCUACGGUUACACCGCUCGGAGACAAGGAGUGGAGCGCUAUCAGUGCAAUGGUCAAGAAAGGUGACGUGGCGACCGUCAUGGACAGAUUGGGAGAGGUCGGAGCAACUGACAUCUUUACGCUGGCGCUUGACAACUGCCGCACAUGA